UGGGCGUUUCCUUCACUUGCAGUUGAAGGGUUCCUGUAGUAGAUAAUCCUGCCGAGCGGACGCUCUCCUGGGUUGUGGUCAUGUGCAGGGUUAGUGCUGGCUCCAUAGCUUCAGCUUUCGGGUUGAUACAAGUCUGCAACACAACAAACAAAAUGCUGCAAUUUUCUCUCAGCGCCAGUCUGUAUGGCUGUGGCUCUGCAGAAGCCUCGAGCUGUACCAAAGAUGCUUUUUGAGCUCCGCGUAGCUUGUCUGGCUAUUCAAGUUUUAAUAGGUAUUAGGAAAUUAAGAAAACGUAUUGGGAAGCACAGGCAUGUUGACUGUUGAUUCUGUUCCUAGUUCAUGUGUUUUUAUUUAUUUUUAAGUGUUGUUUCAGUUGUGGAUGAUGACCCCAUGGAUGGCUCAUAUCUGGAUCAUAGAAUAGACAAAACCUCAAAGGGACGAUUUGAUGCAUCUCUUGUCCAUCUGACCAAGAGGUUUAUGGAUAUGUUGCGGGCUGCUCCACAAGGCAUUUUAGAUUUAAAUAAUGUAGCCCGAACUUUGGGAGUACGGAAGAGAAGACUCUAUGAUAUCACCAAUGUAUUGGAUGGAAUUGAGCUUGUUCAGAAACGAACAAAAAAUCAAAUACAAUGGGUUGGUUCAAGUCUCAGCAGUGGUCUAAAAUGUGAAAUGAAAAAGCGUGAGCUACAAAAUGAGCUGAUGGACUUAACUGCAAUGGAAGAAGCUCUAGAUGAAGUCAUCAAAGACUGUGCUCAUCAGUUAUUUCAAUUAACGGAUCAAAAUGAAAAUGCUGAAUAUCCUUUUUUUGUUACAGCUGCUUAUGUAACAUAUCAGGAUAUCCACAGAGUUCAAGCCUUCGAAGAGCAGAUUGUAAUUGUAAUCAGGUCUCCCAAGGAAACGAAAUUGGAGGUCCCCUGUCCUAAAGAGGACAACAUUCAGAUUCACAUAAAAAGUUCCAAGGGUCCCAUUGAUCUGUUCCUGUGUGAGGUAGACAAGAGAGAUGAGUCCCAGCAGAAUAACUCUGAUGCCAGGAGCUCGGGGACCUUUUUAACACUAGAGAGCAGCACACACACACUGCCUGCUGAUAAAGAUCUGCCAACGAGUGUAAAACGUGUAAAACGAGUGUGCUUGGAAAAUUCAGAGUAAAUUGUUUUCAUCUUGCAAAUGUUUACACGUGGGUCCAAGAAGAACCAGAAGAAGACUAGAAAGACUACUGGACCUUGCGAAUGUUGCCACUAAAAUUAACAAUGGAAAUCAAUUAAAUUUGGGUUUUGUAAUUUUUUUUUUUUUCAUGAUCUUGAAAUAAAACCACAAGGACCUUACGAAAAGGCAGUUUAUUUGUAAUAUUGCAAUAGUUUCAAAAUAAGCAUCCCCAAA